AACACCUGCAUUUUAUAAUAGUAGAUCUACGACCAAUAUUUGUACCAGUCUAGCUAGCUAUAAAUACAGACUACAGUACAUGUUUAGCUACGGUGAAGGAGUGUUGAAGGGGGGCCACCAUGCCACGCUGCGUGCUCAUCGGGAGGCAAUAGUGAGCUCACUGAGUGGUGGCUGUCUAGUAGAGAUACUGCCCAAACUUGUGGCAAAUGGAGUUAUCAAUACACAGGACAUGCAGAAACAUGAUGCUGAAGGGAAAGAUACAGUUGAGAACCAGGCGAAACAUCUCUUAUAUCUUUUGGAGGAGAGGGACUCCUCAGAUUUCACUCGUUUUGUACGUGUACUGUUGAGCUCCUCUGAGAAAUGCAAAGAAAUAGGACAGCUGCUCUCCAAGGAGUCUGGAGUUAUGGAUGACGAGAAAUAUGUGAAGAAGGUGACAGAGAAAGGGCGCGUGCCACUCCAGCCCAAGGUCUACCUGGAGAGGAAAGGCCUCAUUGAGAAAAUCCGCAACGAACUCAGAAAAAUGGCUAACGGAGACACGUGGCUGGUGGUCCAUGGCAUGGGUGGCACUGGAAAGACGGUGCUAACAGCUGAGGCAGUGAGGGAUGCUGAUUUGCUACGGACAGUGUUCCCCGGUGGGGUCAACUGGUUCGAAGUGGGUCACAUGGCUGAUCAUCACUUGGACAAAGCCAAGUUGCUCGAUAACCUAGUGACUCUCAUUUUGAGACUGGAUGAAAAUGUACAUGAUGUACAUAUACCACGUCACACCGUGGAGGCUGCCGCUGAUUACCUGCAAAAUGUGAUGAGCAAGAGCCAAAAAUCCCUGUUAAUCUUGGAGGAUGUGUGGAGUCCUGAAGUAGCUAAGGCCUUCUCUGCCUGUCGCAAUGUGAUCAUCACCUCACGAAAUGCCGCCAUUGCUAGCGAAGUCCAGACUCGAAUUGUCCAUAAUAUUUCAGUAUCUGAAGAUCUUACUGAUACGGAAUCUCGUGUCUUAAUGGGCAGCUGGCUGAAUGCCGACCCCUCUUCCCUCUCCACCUACGUCGGCGAAAUCGUUAAGUACUGCCGUGGGUCUCCCAUGGCCAUAGGACUUAUCUGCCCCAUUUUGAAGCGUAAAAAUACUGAAACUCGAUGGAAAGAAAUUGCUGCACAACUGGCGACGAAGGCCCUUGUACUUCGUGCUAGCACUAAAGAGAAUAAAAAAUGUACUCUCAACGGUUCCAUAGAGCUCAGUGUCAAUUACUUGCCUCCUGAUUUGAAGUCAUACUUUGAGAUGUUUGUGGUGCUGGACUAUGGCACUGUGAUCACAGGACAGGCCCUGAGCACUAUGUGGGAUAAUGAGGACAUCUUCGAGACAGAGGACAUCAUGGAAAAGCUGGUUGAGUACUCUAUGGCACAGCUGGCCAACCCGGGAGAGGAGAACCAAGAUGCUCUGCUUUAUCAGAUCCACGACCUUUUCCUUGAUUAUCUCAAGCACUUGAUAACUGAAGAGCAACAAAUGAAGAUCCAUGCAAGGGUAGUCGAGCGAUACCAUAAGAAGUGUCAUGGAGAAUUUGCUGAACUAGAGGACGAUAACUACAUAUUCCAGAACCUCCUAUCCCAUGUCGCUGCAGCUGAAAGCAAUGAGUUGCUUGGCAACCUCAUGACACAGCUCAAGUGGCUCCUUGCUGUGGCCCAGCAUGGAGGUGCUAACACCUAUCUCUCCGCCUACGAUAGAUACAGGAGCAAGAUUCCAACAAAAUUCAUGACAAGUUAUUGCCAGUUUGAACGGUUCCUGUCUGAGUACAUGUUCAUGCUGGCCCAUCGUCCCUCUUCACACGAUGUCAUUCAGCAAGCUAUCCUCCUCCCACACAAUAAUAUCAUUCGCAAGCAAGCCUUGGGCCUUGAAAAACCAAGGAAAAAUUCAUUCUUUCAACAGAAUACUGAGUGGUCAGGCACCAACGAAAACAACACACUCAAGCUCAAAAUCCACAAGGAGGGGGUGAGCGAGUGCUGCUACUCUCAGGACCAAAAAAACAUUCUCUCUUGUGGAGGGAAUGAAGUCAAGUUGUGGCACUCUACUAAUGGUAUAGUGUUAGCAGACUUCAGAGGUCACACAGAUCAGGUGACCUGCUGUGAUCUCUUGCGUUCUGGCAAAUUGGCUGUAUCCUCAUCAGAGGACAACACUGUUAAGGUUUGGGAUGUGCGCAAGAAGACUGUAGUACAAGAUUUCAAAGGUCACGAGUAUGGAGUCACGUGCUGUGCUUUUUCCCCUGAUGAAACUGAAACUCUUGUCGUAUCAGCUGACGUUGACUGUGUUGUCAUGUUAUGGUAUGCCCAGACUGGUCGGAUUCGUUGUGGAUGGCAUACUGGAGCUUUGUCACCAGCGAACACUCCUACCGAGUCUCCAACUUAUCUCCCCAUCCAUAGUUUGUCCCGCAGUGACAGUCAGGCAGUAGGAGAGGCAGUUAUGGCAUGUGCCUUCUCUCCAAGUGGAGAGACAAUCGCUACCGGCUCUAUGAACGGGAUAGUCAGAAUAUGGAACCUGGCGGGUGAGCUACAGUCAACCUUUACCGGCCACACCUCACAUAUCAGAAGCUGUGUAUUCUCCCAAGACGGAAAACUCUUAGCUACUGCUUCUCUGGACCACACUGCUCGAGUAUGGACUGUGGAAGAUUGUAAUUGUGAUACCAUCAUACGUAAUGAUACGGCUGUAUUUUCAUGCAAUUUCCUACUGGGCGACUCUCAACUUUUGACGGGAGAUUUCGAGGGUUCCGUAAAGAUGUGGUCACUCCCGGAAGGUAGGCUGCUUCGUGUUUACCCAGCACACUCUGACUACGUCAACUGUGUCCUUUACUCACCAACUAUGAAGUCCAUUCUGUCUGCUGCUGAUAACGGAGUGAUUAAGAUCAUGUGCUUGGACGAAACCGAUGAGAGUGGAAGUAAGGAAGAAACAGAUUCUCAUUCUAACACCAUCUACCAUCGAAGAUUCUCUGCCAGUUUCAUCGAGAUCUCAGCAUCAACAUUUGAACCAUUGAUUGUUUGCUACGUCACUAAAGAGAAGAAAAUGCAAGUGUUAUAUGGUACGAAAGCUGAGAUAGUUGUCUCUAGUCUGCCACUUGUACCUGAAGAUAACCCUCGAUGCUGGGUCAUCUCUAAUAAAGGCUUACUAAUAGCCGUGGGUUAUAAGAGUGGCACUAUUCAGCUGCUGUCACUGAGCAAGGCAGAUGCAGAUGCAGGCUCUGGUUGCGAGUGGAGUGUCAGUGAGGUGUGGAGGAGGAAACAAGCCCACGAAAAACCUCCUUUCAAGAUUUACUUCUCUCCUAGUGAUGAAAAGCUCAUCUCUUGCUCCAGUGCUGGCCACAAGGCAUGGAAUGUCAAGGAUGGUCAUGAGAUAAGCAGUAGCAGUGGGCGUGGUCUGGGAGUUCGUCCCUGUGUGUUUUUCAGUGACAAUGUCCGAGUGGCCUCGGCAGCCGACAAUGAGGUUCUGGUAUGGGAUGCUGAUACUGGAAUCACACUGAAAACAUUUGCUACAUCAACUAAAGAUGGUUUCAUUUCGUGUAUAAGCCUUUCUGUUGAUAAUACAAGAAUAGCCAUCUCAAAUACUGAAGGACUAGUCAUGGUGUGGGAUGUUGAAGAUGGCUCCCUGCUCUUUAAAAAUAAUUCUUCCUCGUCUACCCGAUGUUGUGCCCUUUCACCCGAUGGCUCGCUAGUAGUAGCAGGAUUUGACAAUGGAUCUCUGAAGAUAUGGAAUGUGGAAGGGAAGCUGGUGAAGGCAUACUACACUCAGUCACACCACUGGAUGAUCGACCUGGCCUUCUCUCCCGAUGGAACUACCAUAGUGGCUCUCUGUGAAAGCAUUACGUGGCUUGAUCUAGAUGGCAGUCUGAAGAGCAGGGUGAUACUAAAUGGAGGCUUUGGCAAGUUCGUUCGCUACUCUCCUAACUUUAAGACAUUUGUAACUAUUGACAAUAUGGGUCAACUCUAUGUGCUUACUACAAUAUAAAUUAACUAAAAGUAUAUAGUACAAGAUUAUAUUAGUCAUUGCAUUUCUUCAUAAUUUUAUAUGUUUGUGUCAUUUAUAUAGUAUUAGUACCAAUUUUCAUGACUGUGCAAUGAUCGACAUA